AUGGACCACGACGACGAUCUUACCGACAUGGUUUUCACACCACCACUUUCAACACGCUCAGGGGGUCGAAAGCGAAGGGCAAGUCAAACGCCGCAGGAAACCCUGCGACAAUUUUGGAAUCAGUUUAAUUCGAAAUUCCCGGGGAGAGUCUAUACUGUACUCCCCGAUAAUCCCUACGCACGUACCAAAGCCGAGAGGGUACCGAAGGGUAUUAUUCAGGGACAAGAUGCGGGCAAGUCCUAUGAGGAAGCUCGAAAAGAAUGUCGGCGGGCUGUCGAUCGCAUUGUGAAAGAGUGCGAGCGACUAAACCAGAAAUAUACAGACCCGCAUUUCGAUAUAGAAGUUGAUCUCAAGUCAGGAAAGAGGAACUGCCUGGAUACACUCGAGGAGGAAAAUAUGGAGAUGCGUCCAAGGGGCGUGAAGAGAGUGACAGAAAUAUUUGAGAAACCACGGUUCUUUGUGAAUGGACCAACUGCUUCCGACGUGCGCCAGGGUCGCGAUGGUGAUUGUUGGUUCAUGGCUGCCCUCUGCACAAUGGGCAAUAAACAUGGCUUGAUUGAGCAGAUUUGCGUAGCCCGGGAUGAGAAAAUCGGUGUCUAUGGGUUUGUCUUCUACCGAGAUGGUGAAUGGCAACAAUGUAUCGUGGAUGACAAAUUGCAUCUGCGAGCGGCCGACUACGAUGAAUCAAUAGAUGAGCGACCAAUCUGGGACGACAUCAAUCGGGCUGAUACAGAAGAAGAGUAUCGCAAGGUCUGGCAGACUGGAUCACGAGCUCUGUACUUCGCUCGGUGUGUAGAUGAGAACGAGACUUGGCUGCCAUUGCUUGAAAAGGCUUAUGCAAAAGCCCAUGGCGAUUUCUCAGCCAUUGAAGGUGGUUUUGUGGGGGAGGCUAUUGAAGACUUAACUGGCGGCGUUACUUCCGAGAUCUUGUCGAGCAGCAUCCUAGACAAAGACAGGUUCUGGAAGGAAGAGCUUAUGAAAGUGAACAAAGAGUUCCUCUUUGGUUGUGGCACCGGCCUGUUCUCUAACUGGCUGGACCCAAAAUAUCGCGGCCCUCCAAGAGAAAGAAAGGGUAUAUCCGAGAACCAUUCGUACUCCAUUAUGGACGCAAAGGAGAUUGAUGGAGAGCGCUUGCUUCGUCUAAGGAACCCUUGGGGUAAGAAAGAAUGGACGGGCGCAUGGAGUGAUGGGUCAGAGCAAUGGACACCCGAGUGGAUGGAAAAACUAGGACAUAAAUUCGGUAACGAUGGUUUCUUCUGGAUCUCCUACAACGACCUUCUGAAAAAAUAUCAGCAUUUCGAUCGCACCCGUCUGUUUGGCCCCGAAUGGUCAAUCGCACAGCAAUGGACUACCGUGAAUGUGCCAUGGUCUGCCGACUACCACAGCACUAAGUUCAUGGUGAACGUGACCAAAGCAGGCCCAGUAGUGCUUGUCCUCUCCCAAUUGGACUCGCGCUACUUCAGGGGACUAGCUGGUGAAUACGGCUUCGUCCUCAAGUUCCGAGUGCAAAAGGAAGGCGAAGAUGACUAUAUGGUCCGUAGCCAAACCAGCCACCUGAUUAGUCGAUCCGUGAACGCAGAAGUCGAUCUCGAGCCUGGCCGCUACCAUGUACUGAUGAAAGUCACGGCGUACAGAAACGGCGAAAUGGAGUCGACCGAGGAAGCGGUAAGCCGUUUAGCACCGGUCAAACGAGAGAAACUCGUCCAGAUCGGUCUCUCCUACGAUCUGGCACACGCCAAAGGCAUGGUAGCCGAGUCAGAGGAUGAGAAGCGGGCACGCGAGGAACUAGAACAUCGUCGCAAGGCAGCAGAGAGACAGAAGCAGAUCGAGGCCACCAGGAAAAAGUUGCAAAAAGAAUGGAUUCGGGAACAGAAGAUGACCGCCCGGAAGCAGAGAAUGGCAGAGAGGCUCUCUGCAAGAAACCACAGCAACGCUGUUAGAAACAAAGCCAUCGAGCAGAUUCUCACUGACGGCCCAGUACAGUCUCCGGUAGAACUGGGCAGCGGUUCAGGUGAUGGCUUUGGUACGAAGCAUACAAGGAAUGGCAGUGUGCCAAUCAUCCAGUGCAACGGGGUUCAUGUUUCUGAAGCCGAGAUCAUCGGGAAAGGACAGUCGGUACAGUCGACUCUAGACUCCACGUACUCAAGCCUCUCGUCGUACCAUGAGGAUCUGGACAUGUUGGAGGGAUUCGAGUUUGAUCCCGACCUUGAUAUGGCCCCCGAAGAGGCAGCAGAACCGAAGCCUGCACAUAUGACAUCCAAUGGCUGUCUGGAGGAGACUACCAGUGACCCUUGGAACGCCGUAUGUGUCGUGGGCUUGCGGGUCUACUCCAAAGAUCCUCAGUUGUCGCUUGAAGUGGUCCGUUCUGUGUCUGAGGGAGACACUGGUGCGGCGCUUGAUAUGGACGAUCCCCUGAAGAGUGCUUCCUUUAGUCGACUGGAAACCAACUAA